CCCAUGCAAUCAUAUUUCAAAGUCCAACCUGUCUGACAAAACCUAAACGAGAAUCUGGCUUCUGAGCAGCAUGAGCUGUUAGCUAGAUAGAACAAGGAUCUGUCUCCAGAACAUUGACCUCAUGUACAUAUUGGGCUUAUCAAGACUACAGAAGUUUUUGGAAGAGAAAUAUUUGGAUUGUCAAAGUUUGAACUGUUAAGGGGAAAAAAAAAAACCUCACAGGAGCUUGCAACGCCUUCUGUCUUUCAUUCACAUGUCUUCAUACUUGACUGGACAAAAAGAAAAAGGAAGACGAGAUCAGAACCUUCCUAGCAAUUUGCUCUUUUAAAUGUCUGAGCAACUGUCUUGUGCAGAAUAUAUGCCAGCCCUUUAUUGCUUACAUGCUUUAAAACGUAAUGUUUGAAAACUCUGAUCUGAGAGAAACUUGGCGUGCAUGCUUGUAAAAAGAAGCCGCGUGUUGCCGAGUGGACCCUACAUUUGUAUACGAUGGCAACCAUGGCGAAACCUUUUGUGGAAUACGUGUUUGGAACCUCUGCUCUUCUACAUGCAUUAGGCUGUUGACUUAUGCUGCCUGUGUGAAUUGUGGUUUGCACAUUUUUAAAAUCUAUUUAUUUUUCUUUCUUUCUGGAAGUGGUGUUGGCAAAAGGAGACAGAUUAAAGGGUUGGGGGGUUAUCUUGAUGUUUGAUCCAGUUACUAGUAUGGGCGAUGGAGUGUCCGAGGAACGAAGCCCUCUGUGUGGCAAAUCAGCCACGUCUUGUUCAGAACGAGUCAGAGACAAGGGAGCUAGGACUGAACUGGAGUGUUCCUUACGAGGCCACAGUCUAAAGAACAUUCCUGUGACCUCCACCUCCAGCCCGGGCUCGUCCAAGGAAGACGGUCAGGACAGCCAGUCUGCAGGAGAAGCUGAUUACUGUCGACGGAUCCUGGUCAGAGAUGCCAAAGGGACCAUCAGGGAGAUUGUUCUCCCGAAGGGCCUGGAUCUGGACAGGCCCAAACGCACCAGAACGUCUUUCACAGCCGAACAGCUGUAUCGCUUGGAGUUGGAAUUCCAGAGGUGCCAAUAUGUGGUUGGCAGAGAAAGGACGGAACUGGCAAGGCAGCUCAACCUUUCAGAAACGCAGGUCAAAGUUUGGUUCCAGAACAGGAGGACUAAACAGAAGAAGGAUCAGAGCAGGGACUCUGAAAAACGUUCCUCUUCAACGUCUGAAUCAUUUGCUACUUGCAAUAUUUUACGGUUGUUGGAACAAGGCAGACUUUUAUCUGUUCCACCCAAUUUGCUCUCCCCUAAUCAAAACACCUUAGGCACUUCUUCUGGAAAUGGGUCCAGCUUGGGAACUUCAGGAAGCACGUCACCAGGUAUAAGCAGCACACCUCCCGGAUCUGGCGUGUUCACCCUCCAAGUCCCAUCCCUAGCUUCUUCAUCUUCUCCAAGACUACCACCCCCUCUUUGCUUUCCAGGUCCGAUAUUGGGAGGUCUACAUGAAAUACCUACCGGGUAUGGACUUGGGAGUUCAGCUUUUGAGCCUUACACCCGUCUGGAAAGAAAAGAUACUACUUCCAGCAAAAAGCCGAGUUCCUAACUCUUUUGAAGUGAACUUGUCAGAUUCCCACUGUAUUUACUUUCGGGUAACACACCCAAUGACUGGAUUGCAAGUGGAAAUUCAAAAAGAUUGUUUACCAAAUGUGUCUCGUGGUGUGUAUUUGUUUCACAGUGAAAACAAGCUCUGCUAUGUGGAGAUAAUCGUAAAAGAGAUGAACAAGGUCUAAUGGAUCAUGUCAAGUUGGAAGCACUGGUGCAUCUGGUUGUGUCCACUUUUUAAAUGACCCUCAAGCACUCUUGCCACAUUGCUAAAUUAUAUUUGUCAUACUUAUGUGUAUGUGCCCAAGGGCCAGGAUUCUGCAUCGUCUUAGAUGUGUUGGGUAAAUGAGCUAGAUAAAGGUUUACAAUGUUACUAAAAAGGAUUAUUUUGUUGACUACACUAUGUAGUUCAGUGCAAAAUAAAGAUACAAAUAUAUAUAAUUUUUAUCCCAGAUUUGUUAAAUGUACCUAUCCAAUCAGCAUUAUGUUUUUUGGGUGACCAGGCUAAAAUAAGUCACAAUAAUUAGACUGACAGCAAUCAGCGGGGGAGAUGUAUAAAAACGUUGCUGAUGUAAGUUUACAGAAUUCCCAUUGUCAGACAGAUGAGUAAGAGUAAAUGAAUGAAGAGUAAGUUGGAACUUUAUAUAUAAACAAAUUAAAUUAAUCUGCAUCACUAAUGUAUGUGCACACGUGUAUAAAAUAAGCAGAGAUUAAGGAUGGUGGGUGGGAAGAUUUCUCUGAAUAGGGUUACAAGUAACUGAAUAGGGUCAUAGUAACU